UGUGCGGCUCCCGGACACAGUGGACACCGAUCCACGGAAAGAGCCGAAAACUUGUGUCCAAAUCACAGCUGAUCACAUGGGACAACUACACUGAUCAUCAGUAGCACUGAUGAUCAGUGUGCCCUGAUGAUCAGUGUAGCCCCAGCAGUGCCACCUGUCAGUGUCCAUCAGUGCCACAGCUGUCAGUGCAAAUCAGUGCCACGUGCCAGUACCAUCAGUGCCACAUCAAUGCCACAUAUCAGUGCCUACCAGUGCACAUCAAUGCCACAUAUCAGUGCCCAUCUGAGCUGCCUUUCAGUGUCACCAAACAGUGCCAGUCAGUGCCACCUAUCAAUGCCAAUCAGUGCCACCUAUCAGUGCUGCCAAUCAGUGCCACCUAUCAGUACCAGUCAGUGCCGCCUAUCGGUGCCAGUCAGUGCCGCCAUCAGU